UGUACAUAGGUAUAAAAUCUACUAAUGUAUUUCAAAAACAUAUCAAUAUCAUCUGAAACUGCAUAAAACAUCAAUUUAAGAGCGUAAUAGAUAAACUUAAGAGAUAAAUUUUGGUUUACAUAAUCACAUCUUGAAUAUUAUGAUUUAGACAAGCGUAUUUUGCGGCAGGCAUGAUUCGCUAUAUGUAUUAAUAUUGAAUUGAAGAGUUUGUUGGCUUGGUUGAACCCUCUUAUAACAGGUGGUUUCAAUUCACUUACGAACUAAGAAUGAAUAAGAAUGUUGCAAACUCUAUCUACAUAAAUAGUGAUCACAAGUAUCACAGUAAAAGUUGCAGCUAGCAGCACUCUGCUUAUUGUUUUGCUAAGACGCCACGACUUUUUAUGUCACAGACUACCUAUACGAUUUGUAAUAGAUUAAUGUCUCCAAUCUCCAUCAUUCCGCAUUCCACAUAGUUUGUUGUGUCCUUACUCUACAGACUUCAUUAUCAUUAAUUCGAUUUAUUAUUAUUCAUAAUUGCCAAGUACCUCGUUAUUCUAUAUUUUUCUGAAGUUAUUAAAUUUAACAAAAUGUAUUUCUUCAUGAUGUGACCCUUGCAACCAAGUUUAAUUGUUUAAUAAGCAAAAUCGGUGUAGAAUGAUGAUUAAUAAUAAUUUGCGAUAAUUAUAUAGGGCGCAUUUUAAGAAAAUGUUAAAGGAUGGAGCAAACAACAGCGACUCCCUUGCUGAAUGCCGGGCUUGCCUGCAGUUAUGUUCAGUCGAAGAGCAACAUAAUUUGUUUAAAUACUGGGAUCCACCGUGGGCCGGAAUGGAAAACACACCAGCAGAGGACUUAUCGAAACUUGCAUGUGUUCAGAUAUCUCAGACAGACGCACAUUCUAAAAUCCUCUGUCAAAGUUGCUAUAAGCAUCUGCAAAAUGCUUGUCAGUUUGUGGAGAUAGUUAAAAAAGCAGAUGAAGUGCUUAGUUUGCGGAUAGGAGUUAAUCCACAUACACCUGAUAGCUGGCCUAAACCUAUACAAGUCGAUAAAAAUGUACCCUACGACAAGGUUCAGAUUAAAGAUGAAAUAUUUUCGGAUGAGGAGACUCCGCAAAUUAAUGAAGAAGAUUUUUCUAAUGUUGAUGUUAAAAUUGAAGCAGAUGAUUGGCCUAGCCAAUCUGUACAUAUAAAUGGUAUAAUAUCUCUUGGUCAGUUAAAUAAAGAAAUGGCCGAAAUUAAUGGAUACCUACCGGAGGUCGAACAAAAUGGCAAAACCAAAGGUUUAACCAGUGAAGGACCAAUAACAAAUGGUGUUGUGAAUUCUAAACACGAUAAGGCUGAUUCAUUUAAUACUAAUUGCUUAAUUGUUAGAGUUAAAGAUGAACCAGUAAGUGAUGCCGAGUCAGAGACGAAUCAUAGUGACUUGUCAUUAGACUGCAUUUUGUGUUCCAAAACAUUUUUAAGUCUUACAGGACUCAAGGCCCAUGUGAUUGCUCAACACACCUACAAAACAGUCAGAAGAAAAGCUAAAGAUGACGCAGAAGAUAACUUGUUAAAUUAUGUUUGUAAAAUUUGUCAAAGAAGAUUUGAGACAUCUACAGAUCUUAUGGUCCACGAGACUUGCCAUAAUAUGUGUGUGUGCUACGGCUGCAAUACAAGCUUUGAGACAUUUGACCAAUUAUCCCAGCAUAGACGAAGCUGCAAGUCCCUUAACAAUAGUGAGGUUGGAAAAGUCCUCAAACUUGAGGAUGUUCAAAGAAUGGCAAACAUAGCUCAGAGAAUCCUUGAAGUUAUUACAAAAUUCACAAUAUUUUCCCAAAACUCGGAACAUGGGAACAUUGAUGAGUGUUAUCAAGCUUUGUUGGCAGUCAUUACUCAGAAGGAGGACUCCAUAUGUGACGAUUUGUCUAGUGAUGAUGAUGAUUUAUAUAAUUUGUCAGACUUGGAAUCAGUUGAUGAUACGCUACUGGAAUAUAACAAACAUUUUCUCUCUGAUUUGGAUUUGCAAAAGAAAUCAAGUAAAUUGAUUGAAUCUUCAGUUAUGGAACACAAUAUUAUUAGCCAAACUGAUGAUGACUUCUAUUCAAUGGAACCCUCAUUUAAGGCAAUCGGAAAAUUGUUGUCUUAUCCGGUUGUUAAAAUAACACGUCUAGAAAGUCCAAUCUUACAAAAUUAUAAAAGUAGUUAUCUAUAUGAUAACCAUUCUGAUACUGUUUCGAGUUAUGAAGAUUUUGAAGAAUUGGAUGAAUUUCUACUAGCUUCUGAGGACUUACUGAUUUCUAUUGAUAAAAGAGCAGUUGGUGUAGAAAAACAAAUGGCAAAGGAAGAUGAUAAUCAGUUAUCAAACUCAGAAUUUAGCACAUUAAACACUGAAGUUGAUACAAGUAAAGAUUUAUUAUUACAUUCAGAUUUUAAUGACAUUCAUGAGAAAUCAUUAUCAUCUGGUUUCCUCUCGUUAAAUGCAUCAAAUUCUAUCGCAGAGAAGGAAAAUAUAGCCAUCUUAGAGUUUGAUGAUGACGACGACGACUUUCAUUCAGACAAUGUGGCUGUUUGUCUGGAUAUACUGGACAAAUAUGUUUCAGAUGGAACUGAAAAUGAUGAAAAUUUUGGAAAGAGUUCUUGUCAGACGUCAUCUAUGGAUGAAUUGAAGUCUUCUUUUGCUUUAAAUUUUGCAAACACAAAUCUGAAUCCAGUGGCUAAUGAUGAAAUAAUAAACCUUAUAGAUGAAAGUGACAAUGACAUUGACAAUUUUAAAAAACCAAAACCAACCAUAAAUACAUCCAUCGGUCAAAUACCUAAAAAGAUCACAACAGGCAUAGCUUCAAGUGCCUUAACAUUGUUUAAUAUCAAUGAACCUCGCGUCAUCCAAAAUGCAUCCAUUACAAAUGCUAAUUUGGUCACAACACCUCUUGGUACAUCCGGUGACAAGACUAUAAAUUACAUGAAAAAUAUUACCGAGACCUCAUGUGCAUUGAAAAGCAAUAUUAUAAAUGAACAGUGCUCUUCUAUUUCGGCUGUCUUAAAUAAACAAACCGAAACCGGAAAAAUGAAUCUUUGCAAUUUCUACAAAUUACAUGACAACGAAACUCACAAGAUAGAAAAACAUACAAUUAAGAAAAAAGCAUAUGUGAGAGCAGAUGUGAACAUUUCUGAAAAUAAUUCUAAGGUGCAAACUGCUAAACUGUCUACAAGUAUUAUAGUUGAAUGUGAGAAUGAUGUUAUUGGCUGUGACAAUGAUAAAGAACCGUCUUCACGUGAACUACCUUCUUCUGUUAUUUGUGAUGCUAAUUCUCAAACAUUUGAGCCCUUAAGUUUACCUAGACUUGUUGGAGUUAAUAAUAAAUUUAUAUUUAGAUAUAGAAGUACACGAAAAAUAAGACGUGGAUGUAAAAUGGAUUGCAAAUUUAGGUGUAGGAAGAUUUUUUCAUCGCAUCUGCGGUAUAAUAUAUUUAAAGAUUUUUGGAAAAUGGAUCUUAGUGCACAAAGUAAAUUUCUCGACGAUAACGUAGUUAAGAAAGUAUCACGAACACUACCCAGGAACAGAUUUUUUCUACCUAUCUCUAAUGAGUCGGUGCGUGUAUGUAGAAAAUUUAUCGAAGAUACAUUUUCAAUUUUAAUGCUGAGUUGUAGAAAAGAAUUAAGAAAGUAUAACAUGUCUUUUGAUGAUUAUUAUUCAAACGUAAGAAAGAGAGACACAAAGGUACUUGAUUGUUACAAGAAACAACCUUUGUCUAAAUGUGUAUCUUCUAUUGAUAUAUUUAAAGAAAACGAAACAAAUGGCGAUGGAGACACGAAACAAUGGGAUGAUUGCGUCAUAAAGAAAACCAACAAUAUGGCCCAGAGGAACUAUGGUGCCGAAAAGUGUUGUAUUUCUUCCAUACACCGUGAUAUAAAAACAAAUGCGACUAGUGGUGACACACCUAUAGUCCAUUAUAGUAUGAAAAAUGGUCACAAAAGAUUAGUUGAUCAAACAGGGUCCGAAAUCAAUAAAAAUAUGAGUGAGCCUAAUUUAAAAAUUAGCAAGAACGAUUCUGCUUCAGGCGCAAGUAAUAUCAAGAAGCGGUAUAGAUUUAAUAACAUAACAAUUAACGUUAGCACUUCAGAUAAAGUUUCAUUUUCUCGAUCAAACCCUUACGUAAAGCUGAUUGAUGUGGGAUUUUACACUCAAUUGCAUUCUUUAGAUGUUCCAGAAACAUCAAGUACAAAUUCAACUCAAACUCAUAGUCAGUUGGUGCAAAACAUUGAUAUUUCAAACUUAUCUUUAGUUCAAAAUGUUGAUCCAUCUCCUAGUUAUCAGUCAGACAAGAACAACUUAUCCUGCCGAAUUGAUACAGAUUUAGAUAUCCCUAAUAAAGAUAGUGACAGCCAAAGUAUUCUAGAAAAUGAAGUAAAAACGAAUUUACCCCAUUCAUCUUUUGAAGAUUUUCAGACAUCCAAAGAUAUUAAUUGUCAAAGUAUUCUGCAAGAAAAACUAAAAACAGAAAUGGCUCACCCAUCUAAUGAAAAUCAACAGAUUUCUAAUGUUACAAAUGGUCGAACAUUAUUAAAAGGUGAGAUAAAAACAAAAUCUCUACCUUUAGUUAUAGAAGAAUUUCAGGCCUCUGAUGAAGAAAGUAAUAAUUACAGUACUAGUCAUAAUAUCGAAGGUCAGGAUCCCUGUUCAUUUGUCGAAGAUUUGCCGAAAUCAUAUGUAAAAAGUAACAAACAGCCGCUUUUAAAUCAUCCAAAAAUCACAAAUUAUCAAGAUAGUACGUGUCAUAGUCCACGAAACAAUAUUGACGAUCACUUACCCCAUUUACCUACGGAAGAUUUGGUGCCUUCUAAUGAGGGAAGUAAUCUUCAAGACGAAAUAGAAAAUAAGCUGCCUCUUUCACUUAAUUCCAACCCACAAUGUACCAACGAAGAUAGUUGUAAUGAUAUGCAAAAUCACAUAAUGCGAUUAUCUGGUGAAGAUUUGACCAAUAAAAAAAGUGAGAAUGAACAAAGUAUAGCGGUUGAAAUUGAACAUAAUGAAGAUAGUAGUUGUCAUAGUAUUAUACAAGAUCAAAUUAAAAAUCACUUGCCUCAUAUAUCUAAUGAAAAUUUGCUGAAGUCCAAUGAUGAAAGUAAUGGACGUAGAAACCUGCCGGUGACAUCUAAUAUCCAAAUUACAAAUGCUGUCUGUGAAGAUUUGUGUGAUUCACAGAUUAAUUAUGGGGAUAGUAAUAGUCAAAAUAUUAUUCAUCCACUUAAUGAUGAUCCACAGAAUUACGCUGAAGCUAGUGCAAGGCCUACUAUUGAAGAAGAAACAUCUAUAGAAACUUUGACUCAUCCAUUUCAUGCAGAUUUACAGAUAUGUUAUGAAAAUGAUCCUAAAAUUGCGCAAGACUUUAACAGAUCCAAUACAUUUGAACAUACUAAUACCAAUCUACAAAUGGGUAACAAGGAUAUAAUUCAACAGCAAAAUGUUAAAACAAAUUUGUCUAAUUUAACAAUUACGAAUUCAUUGACAUAUAACAAAGAUAAUGGUGAAAGUAAUUGUCAUAGUAGUUCAAAUAGUUUAGAAUCGCAGAUUUCCAUUCAUGAGAGUAAUUAUAGUCAAAUGUCAUCCAAAUGUAGUGUGCCAGAAAAUACACCAGAAAUCUAUGUUGAAGGUUUAUUUCAUCCUGAAUCCCAAUUAUUGAUUGAUCCUAAAAUAAAUCUUAAACAGCAUUACCAGAAAAAAUCAAAUCAUUUUAAAUUGCAAAGGAUUAUUGGUAAAGGACAUAAGUUUAUAUUUAGGUAUAAAGUAACUAGAAGUCUAAGACCAGGAUGUCAACAUUGUACCUAUAAAUGCACACAGGUUAUAGGAUUUGAUCAGCGACGCGUUCUUUUUGAAAACUUUUGGAAGAUGGACAUCCACGCUCAGACUACUUAUCUUAACGAAAAUGUGUUUCUUAUUAAUCCUAUUUUAGGUUUACAUGAUAUUAAUGAAACACGUAUGAAACGGAAUCAUAAAUUUUUCUUUACUGUGUAUGGUAAACGUUUUCGUGUAUGUAAAAAAUUCUUUUUGAAUACAUUAUCUAUUCUUAUGGCAGAUUUGAAAAAUGAUAGCAGCCGUUUAAAAGUUAUGCGUCAACGUCUAAACCCUCAUGUAAAACUAAUUGACAUUGGAUUUCAUAAAGAGCCACAACCAGCGAUAGAAGAUGUCUCUUCUGUGUCAAACACAUCUUCAGGGGAAACAUCUGUUUCUAUCUCAUGGAAUGACAGUCUAGAUAGUUACAGCGAAUUAGAGUUGUUUUCACUCCACACUAAAAUAGAACUAUCCAACCUAUUACAUAAUCCACCAAAAAAUUUUAGGUCAGAAGCUAUCAAUGAUAAUGCUUUCCAAAGUAAUUCAUCUGAUUUUCAAUCUCAGUCACCUGUAUAUGCUCAGCUGUCCACUGUAGAUCAGCAUUUUGACAAAGAAAUAGUAACCAAUAUCUACUCCUCAAACGUGAUCAGAACAGAACUAUGUGAUAAAAAUACUCACUUAAUGAAACCUCACGAAAUUAAUAGCAUAGGGCCUUUUAUAACUAAUGUUACACAAGCCGGUAAUGAAGAACAAUCUUUUAAAGCUAUCUUAAAUGAUUGGUCCAAACCCCAAGAUAUAGACAAACAUAAACGAGCGCCUUUUAAAUGUACAACAAAUUCUAAUCAAUAUUCAAAUAAAAAUUGCACACAUACAACCUAUAUUGAAACCAAAAGUGAUAGUUUCUAUGAAAUAGGUGAUAAAUUAAAAAAUAUGGAUAUCUGCUAUGAAUCUUCUUUAGACAGUGCGAUAUUGGAUCUUCGUCAGACGAUUUCAGUGCCUAACUUCCUAGAUUGCGAUAACCAUAUAAAUACAGUGUCUUUUGAUAGCGAACCCUAUGAAAGAAGUGAUACAGAAGAAUUUUCAAAAGAUUCUGCUUUAUCAAGCAUAUCGAGUGCUGGAACGAAUCCUGGUGUCGAAAGCCAAACAGAUAUACAAGAAGAUAAAGUUACUGACGCACUGCAAUUGUCGACACAGAAAGAAUGUGCAGUCCAAGAAUUGUCUAAAAAUAUCGAUUCCGUUCUUAUUGCCACCGCCCAACAAAAUAUAAAUAAUGCAAUGAAUCGAUCAGAACGGCAACUAGACCACCGAGAACGGGGAAAUACUAUUUCUACUACUGCUUUAACCGAUUCACUGCCUACUUUCACUGAAUCAAUAAAUAAUGGAUCUACACAGCUAACUAAUUCUGUUUAUGUACUUAAUAAAAUAAAUAUAUCAUCAAAAGAUCAAAAUACGUCUGUAAUAAAUAUAGACGAGGAGAGGUCCCUUGAUACUAUUGAGGAACAUACUAAUGUGAUACAAGAUAAUACUUAUUUGAACGAACAACUGCAUCCAAAUCAGGCGAGCGAUACAUGUGAUAUUUCUAUGGAAUCCUUUAAAUGCUCGAAUUUAAAUAUUGAAAUUUCAAACCAAACUAAUCAAUCUUCUAGUAAUACGGAUAGUUUAGCUACAGAAACUGAUGGUGUAGUCACUCCAAUCCAAGAUAAAAAUAAUUUAAACAAUGGUGUGACUUUACUAUCUGAUUUGGAUGUGCAAAAUCAAAAUUAUCACAGUACAAAGGUUAAUCCCUGCAGCUCGCCAGAAGGAACAUCUUUUACUUAUACUGAUUUUUGCAAUUCCAGUUCAGAAGAUUCUGUAUCUACCGAAAUGCAACUUAUUAAUGACAAUAGACUAGAAUCUGAUUAUGCUCAGUUGUCUAACGUCUAUGAACCAACAUGUGUAGAAAGUUAUACAAUUACCAAAGAUACUUAUUAUGAUACUGAGUCCAGUUGUAGCCAAUUUGCUUAUGAUACCCAAUCAACCAUUAAUUGUAGUCAAUCAAGCUUAGACUUUUAUCCCAGUUUUGAUAGCCAGAAUGUCAUUGAAAACGUGGAAUGUGACGUUCCUCAAUCAUUUGAAUCAAUUCUUAACGAUUGGGCUUCUUAGUUUGAGCACAAAAACUGUAUAUUAAAGUACUGCAUUGUAUUAAAACCGCAAGGGAUAUAAUUCUUAGAUAUUUAAGUGUUAAAUAUAUUGUAUAAAACAAAAUAAAAUUGUUUUCAGAAGCAUAACAAAUCCAGGUUUAGAAUUGAAAUGUCCACAAUGCUCAGAAACGUUCACGGAUGCAUAUUAUCUGGAUAUCCAUUUAGAUAUAUGUCACCCUUCUUUUGAACCAAAACAUUCUAUUCAUUCUGAGGAAGAAAUGGA